AUGCGACAAUUAAUUUAUGUACUCCUGCUAGCAGGUGAGUUUUUUUAUUUGAAUAUUUAUUUUUGAUAGAUUUUUACAAACUUCCACUGAAGUGUACUGUAGUUUCAGAAUCCUUAGAAAUUCUAAGAAACAUGUUUCUAAUAGGCAGAUUUCUGUGUAGUUGUUUUUCUGAAGUCUCGAUGAAUAAGUUAAGUUCUCGGAAAAAUUCAAAAUCUGACAAACUUUCAAAAAAGUCGAAUAAAUAUUCAUCAAUCAGACUUGAAAAUAAUCAGAUUUUCAAUUUUCGAAAGAAAAACUCUGAGUCCAAGAACUUCUAAAAAGUAAAAUUUCUGAAGUUCCAAGAGCUUACUGGAGGAUUUUAGAAAAUAUAAUCACAAUUUUUUGCUGCAAAUUAGUUAAAAUUAUAGUCUUUGAUGAGGAAAUUUCCAAAAAAAUUCAAAUCAAACAAAAGUUCACAAUGUCCAUAUUUGCUCAAUGCCAAAAUUUUUGUUUAAAAAUCUUCUCACGAAACCGUUCUCUCUAUUAUGAUUUCUCUGCUGAACUGCUUGAUUUUUUGGUAUUUUGUAGUUCAUCUCCAAAAAAAACAAAAAAAAACCACCAACAAACCAGCCAAAAAAAUCGUGAUAGUUUCAAUUACAAUUCAAGUACACAAUUUAUUCAAUGUUUAUACAACCACACACACAAUAUUUGAUCUCCGACUCGAGUGACCGCAGUGCAGAAGACUUCAAAGUCAAAUAGAGAGUUCGUCUAAUUCUUCGGCGCGAUUGAAAAAUAGUUCAAUGAAUAAUGGCUUAUAUUUGAUUUAAUCGUGACCAUUUUAUAUGAGUUUUGGAGAAGGGAAAAUGUUUGUGUACUUAUUUAUUAUUAGGUCUAUUUUUGGAAUAGUUUCUAUAGAGCAACAAAACCAAAAAGGGAAUGAAAUAAAAUACAAAUUACAGGAGUUAUAUCCUCGGAAAAGACAACAAUUUGUCGAAUAGGAGAUGGUUGUGAUGGAUCAUUAUGUAGGAUACCAGAACAAGGAGAUAAAUGUGAAGAAGAAACAACAAUUGACAGUUUAUAUUGUGAUCAAGCAACAAAGUGAGUUGGAACACAUACCAAACUUCUUGAACCUAUCUCAUGUUCACGGGUUUUGUCGAAUCUAAACUUCAAUUUCCAGCAAAACUGAUAUGCACGAAAAUGCCUUCAUUGUUUGCAAUUUGGUGAAAAAAGAGCUUGAACGAAAAUUGUGCGCAAAAAAUCAAUUCUUCAUUGAUGGAAAAUGUCGAUCUGGCAAUGUUCGCUAUAAGCGACAAGGUGUUGCUGGAUCGGGAAGAGUUGGAGAUUUUUGCAGUUUCAACACUGAUUGUUUGACAGUAAGAACAUCUAUAUUAGUUUCGAAUUAAUAUAUUUCAUUUUUUUUCAGGGAAUGUUCUGUUCAACUGGUGCUUGCACAUGUCUUUCCAACUUUGUCGCAAUUCAAGGAUAUUGUUAUCUCAAGAAAAAUCCAGGAGAGUCUGGUUGUCAAUACGCAGAACAAUGUUCAGCAGUUUGGCCAGAAUCAAGAUGUGAAAAAUCGCGUUGUGAAUGUCCAGAAGAUGUAAAUGGAAUCCCAUAUGUUCAAGCUAAAAGUAGAGAUGGAGUUGUAUGUGUUUUGCAUUCUGGAGAAGACGGAGAUCCAGUUCCAAAAUGUCCAUUACCAGAAUAUGACGAUGAUCUUUUAACAAUGCCAGUUUCGCAACUCAGAAAUCCUCAUAUGACAGAUCCAGAUGAUGCUGAUAUUCAAAUGGGUGAACACAUCAAUCCACUUCAAUUCUGCUCUUCACAAUCAACUGAUUAUACAACAUUCUCAGCUAAUGGUGGAGGUGCUUGUGCUUAUGCAACAGAUGCAAAUAAUGCUGGAGAUGGCGAAGGAAUUUAUAUCGCAGAUGUUUAUGAUUGUGUCACUUCAACAACAUCAAUGGCAAAUGUGAAAACAGCAAUGGAAGGUGUUUAUGAUAUUCAUCCAUCAUCUGAUGGUAUUUGUUGUCCAAAUCGUGCAUUCACUUGUAUUCAACCGAAACGUGAAGCUGAUAGUGGAAGUGCUGCACCAGCUGGUGUCAGACCAAGAUGGUGGUAUAAUGCAGUUACUGGAACUUGUGAACAAUUUAUGUGGGAUCCAUGGGAUGAGACCGAAAUGCAAUCACCAAACAACUUCAAGACAAGAGAACAUUGCGAAUCAUACUGUAGAGAUAGUAAGUUUCAAAAAACGAAACCUGAUGAUUCAUAAACAAAAAUAAUUUUCAGCAUGUAAACGUGGUUCUCCACAAUAUUUGACUGGUUCGAGUCAAAACGAAGACGAACCUGUCAACAAUUGUCAAACAGCCUCAUCUUGUACAAGCAACUUCGAAUGCACAUCAAUCGGAAGUAUGCAAUUGUGUUGUCCAACAGUCGCCAGUAUCUGCAGUAACACCGGUGGCCGACCAGUUGAUCUAUUGAGAUCAACCAAUUUCGAUCCAGGAGUUUUGAUGAAACGCAGUUUCUCGAUGACAUUCUCCACAUCAAGUCGGUAUUAUUAUGAUGCUGAACAAGGCAGAUGCAUCGCUUUCACUUAUAAUGGUGCUCUUGGUAACUUCAACAAUUUCAAAUCGUCAGCUGAUUGUGAAUUGUUCUGUGCCAAACUUCAAUGCAAAUAUGGAACUCCACUUAAAAUCGGAGCCAGUAAUCAACGAUGCUCAGCAAAUGCUGAUUGUCCAAGUACUCACGAAUGUCAAAGUGAUCACAAUGUUUGCUGUCCAAGACCACGUAAGUUUCCUAUCUAGGGUCGCAAAAACCAACUAAAUUAAUUUUCAGAAGCCAUUUGCUCGCAGCCACUUCGCUUGGGAGAUUGUAAACAAUCAGUUAGACGUUAUUGGUAUAAUGCUGUUACUCGUGCUUGUGAAAUCUUUGAUUACACGGGAUGCCAAGGAAAUGACAAUAACUUCGAAACCCUUCUCGAAUGUCAAAACACAUGUGAAAAUAUCAUUCGUAAGUUUUCAUUGAUGAAUCAAAAAUGAACAAAAAAUAUUUUCAGCUGAACCACAAUGUCCACAAGGAGACGCUUACAAAGACUAUCAAGGAAACUAUUACGUGUGUUCAAACUCUGGAGCUGGAAAUUCGUGUCCAGUAAACUAUGAGUGCUACUUUGACGGAUAUGUUUGGGGAUGUUGUCCAACAAAAGCCUAUACUUGCACACUUUCACCACACAAAGGUGUCACCUGUGGAUCCGGUUCAUCAUAUCGUUAUUUCUACAAUUCACAAACUCAAGAAUGCGAAUCCUUCCAAUAUAAUGGAUGUGACGGAAAUUCAAACAAUUUCGCUACUCGUGACGAUUGUGAAGGUUAUUGUGGAGUUGGUGGAUGUCCAAAUGGUGGAACACCGGAACGUAAUGAAUUCGGUCAAUUGAUGGUGUGCUCAGCUAGUCAAGUCUGUCCAGGAACUCAUGAAUGCACAUCUGUGAAUUCUGGAAGCAGUGUUGUUAAUCGAUGCUGUCCAACACGUGCCUACAUUUGCUCUUUGCCUCCACAACAAGGAUCAUCUUGCUCUUCAUCGGCUGCUGCUCGCUUCUAUUUCAAUAUUGUUACCAAAGAAUGCACACAAUUCACCUACAAUGGUUGUUCUGGAAACUUGAACAACUUUGCUACAAUGGAACAAUGUAACAAUUUCUGUUUAUCAGCUGCUUGUACACCAGGAGAUGUUGCCUAUGUUAAUCCAAACACAAAUAUGCCAUAUGAAUGUAAUGCUGCUUUGUCGAACAGUUGUCCAAGCAAUUUCGCAUGUACUUAUGAUCAAUUAUCGUCAAAUUCUGUUUGUUGCGGAGCCACAAAUAUGGGUAAGAACAUCUAGACAUCAACAUAUCGCUCAUAUCAAAUUUUAAUAUUUUUCAGAUGUUUGCCCAGAAGGUGAAAAAGCCUACGUGAAUGCAGUUGAUAUGGGUGUUCGUGAGUGUCUUAUCAAUGUUGAAGGAUCUUGCCCAUCAAACUAUCUCUGCCGUUUCAACGCACAAAAGAACCGCUAUUAUUGUUGUGCCUCAAUAACUGGAGAUUUGUGUCCAGCUGGAAAAGCACUCUAUCGUGAACCAUCUUCAAAGGCUCCAAUUCGUUGUACAAUUAGUAGCAACAACAAUCAAUGUCCAAAUGGUUUCACAUGUCAAUCCGAUGUUCCAGGAGCAUUCCAAGGAUAUUGUUGCUCGGGAAAUCAUUUGUGUCCAAACAAGGCUGAAUUCUAUCUCGAGGAAUCAUCGCAAAUGCCAAGAUCUUGUACAGUUGGUGCAUUUAUUACUUGUCCAAACGGUUAUAGCUGUCAAUCAACUGCUCAUGAAUUCACAACUGGUUAUUGUUGUAAAGGAGAAGUCGCAAGUGUUUCAGAUGGUUGUCCACCAAAUGAAUAUGUUUUCAUGAAAGACAAUCAAAUCGCACCUUGCGAUCCAUUCAAUCCACCAAAUGCGCCAUGUCCAACCGGAUAUUCUUGUCAAUGGUCAUUGGCUAAUCAAAGAUAUCAAUGUUGUGGAGCAACACCAAUCACAACUCCAAAAUCAAUCGCUGCUCUCGGAUGUCCAAACAAUCAAGUUGCAUACAGAGAAGUGGCCACAAAUACACCAAGAAUCUGUACAGCUGCCUCACAAAAUUGUCCAACUGGAUAUUUCUGUCAAUUCUCAACAACAAACAAUCAAUUCCAAUGUUGUGGAAUGUCAGGAGGUUGUCCAAAUGAUUCAGUGGCAUUUAUUGGAAUUACUGGAGAACCACAAUCUUGUGCAAUUGGACAAUCAACUUGUCCAUCAGGAUAUUCUUGUCAAAGAAGCAUUUCUGGAUCACAACUUUGUUGUACAACAAAUGAAGAACCAAUCAAGAAAACUGAAUGCAAUGCUAAACAAGUUGCUGUCGAAGGAUCUUGUUUAGACAAAAAAUCACUCGGUGAACAAUGUUCUAAUCAAGUUCAAUGUCCAUCUGGAGCUGUUUGCCGUGAUACCGUAUGCUCUUGUCCAGAAGGACAUCACGAACUUAACGGUGUUUGUAUGGCUGAUUGUGGAGUUAAUGAGAUUGAAGUCGGUGGAAAAUGUAUGUUGAAAGCACUUAUUGGUGAAGCUUGUGAAGCCGAUGAACAAUGUCAAGGUGGAUCGAAUUGUUUGGACACAACAUGUACUUGUCCAGAUGGAGAAGAAGCUGUUGAGGAUGUUUGUAUGAAGAAAAUGUCGCGACCAAUGUCGACGUGUCCGAUUCCGGGACAAAUUCCAUUCUUGGAAUUGAGAACAAAGAAUGCUCGAUUCUGUAAUCCAUCAAAACCAAAUUGUCCAAGAGGAUACAGUUGUCAAUUCUCGCAAACAGCACAACAAAAUAUUUGUUGCGGUGGUGGAAAAGCAUCGGCUAUUGUUGGUGAUAAGAAAUCUACUAAAGGAAAGACAACAUUCAGUUCGAAACCAACAGAAAAAGAGGUGAGUGGAAAGCAUAGAAUUCAUUUUUUAAAUAUUAGAGCAUUAUUCAUUUUUUAAAUAUAUCUUGAUACCAUUUUCAAAACCCCUAUUUUGUAGACUUCGGAAAUCGAAGAAGCCAACAAUGUUUGUGACCGUGGAGCAGCUUAUGUUGUAAACGGAACUCCAAAACAAUGUACAUCAUCGCCUUGUCCAAGUGGAUAUAAAUGCACAUUCUCCAAAAAGAGCAAAAACUAUUAUUGUUGCUCAAAUAAACCAUUGAGCAUUUCACCAAGUGGAUCAAACAAUCAUGGAUGUUCAACUGGAACCGCCCUUCUUUUCCCAUCAACUGGAACUCCAGUUCAAUGCUCAAAUUCUGGCUCGAAUAGUUGUCCAUCAGGAUAUAAAUGUUUGAAGAGCACAUUAUCGAAUCGAUUCCAAUGUUGUUCAGAAUCAACAACAACAAAAGAAGAGACAAAUGAAGAAAGUGGAGAGGAGAAAGUAGCAACUGUGAAACCAAAUCGUGGAAGACCAGUUGGAGGAAAGAAUACAGCAACAGCAAAUAAUAAGAAGGAAUCAAUUGGACCAUGUAAAAAUGGACAAGUUCAAGUGCUUCGAAUUGUUGGUGAAAGAAUUGUGAAGAAAUGCGAGGAGAAAUGUCCACCACAUCAAGUUGCGGUUCGCGGAAUUUGUCGCGAUAAAUAUUUGGCUGAUGCUCCGCUCAACAACGAAAUUUAA